AGUCUUCCCCUGCAAGUAGACCUCUUCUUCGAACCCUUUUCUCCCAAAAAUAAAAUAAAAUAAAAAUGGAAACCCUAGAACAACGACAAUCUACAAUCCAAAAUGAUCGAUCGCAGCAGAGAGCCAAAAUUUCAUUCCCAGAAGAAAUAAUCGAAGAAAUCCUCUCCAGACUCCCCGUCAAAUCCAUCCUCCGAUUCAAAUCCGUCUCUAAACCAUGGCGUUCGCUCAUCUCCAAUCCAUCAUUCACCAAACUCCACUCCACACGCGCCGCCGUUAACCACCGCACCGCCUUAUUCAUCUCCGCUCACGAUCCAUCCACUCGCAAACGAUACUUUCUCUCCGCCGCUCACGACGGAGGCUCCCUCACUCAUCUCAUCACUCUCCACAACACUCCUACCAGGUGCGAUAUCACAGAAUCCCAACAUUUAAACGGUUUAGUUUUAUUCAAUUACGGAGACGGUUAUCAAAAUUACGCUUUUGUUGUUAACCCUAGCACACAUAAGGUUCUUAAACUGCCUAAUCCGACAAAUUAUGGUACAGGAAAGACGGAUAUAUGUUACUUUUUUGGAUUCGAUGAGUCGAAAAAUGAACACAAGGUUUUGAACAUCACUAUCACUACUCAUCAUGUUCCAUUAGUUAAGCCUGUAAUAGAGAUUAUGAUUUUUUCUUUAUCGAAUUACUCGUGGAGGAAGAUAGAUGUCGAAUUUCCGCUUGUUGUUAGUCAGUUUCGUUGGUGCUACGGCCUUAAACGUAGUGUUUGUGUGAAUAGUGUAAUACAUUUGAUGCUUGUAAAUCAGAAGGAACUUUUGGCGUUUGAUUUGAGGACGGAGAAGUUUUCUAUAGUUAAGAUUUGUUCGGAUGCGGUGCCUCAUAGGAUUAUAUGUAACCGUCCUCACCUUAUAAAGGUUGAUGGAUUAUUGGGAGUUGUUUGUCAUGAUCAAAUGAUCACCAACAAUGACGUGUAUGUAUGGAUAUUACAAGAUUAUGAGAAUGGUGUUUGGGUAAGAGAAACCAUUACAUUUCCCAAGUCUUGGAGCGUAUUUGGUUGUGCUUUCCCGUUAGAUUCUGCUAAUAUGGAAGAGAUUAUCUUUUCUUUGAACAAGGAAUCCAAGAAUGUGACCAGUGUACUUAUGUACAACAUGAAGAGUGGAUGUUUUAAAUCUGUACAACUGACUCUUGAUAAUCAUCCGUUUCUCUGCAAAGAACAUGUGCAGUUUCAGCAAAUCAAGGGGUAUGUUGAAAGCAUGGUGCCUUUAUAGAGGAACAUAAUAAGGAUUUGUUGACGGAAAAAUGUUAUUUUUGAAGAAGUUUUCUCAGCACCGAACUAGAUGAUGAACUCCACCGGAAGUAGUGUUUGCAUUCAUUCGUGUUUCUUACCUUGCAGUUCAGGUUUAAUGUAUGCACUUACAGAGUUUUUGCCGUUAAAUAGUGUUCUAACCGUAUCUUUGAAUCUUUUAUUCGUAAAUACAUUUCGUUGUUACCAAACUGCAUUAAAUCCCUUUUACAAAAUCGACUAUUGUCUUAUGUUUGGGCAUAGUGUUUUUUACGAUAGUUAUACCACAUGGUCAUGACCUUACUUAUCAUGUCUGCUUAUAAAAAUGUGUGAUUAUCAAAUUAGAUAAUUUUAUUCCGGAAUAUUAUAAAUUUCGGAACUUUUAGACCCAAAAAUAGUAUUUGAAACCCAACUGCACCAAUACAUGCAUUAUGCAUUUCUGUAGUCAAAUGCAUAUUGGGCCAGAUAGUGGUUCCCCUGGACUCACAAGUCACACAUAACCUAUGUUGCAGAUCACACUAACCAGCAGCUAAUGCAUCUAUAUAUUCACUCCAGACUUUCACCACCACAAUAUCUUCAUCCUCACAUCUUUCCCCCGCUACUACCUUAAUGGCGGCUCUGUUUCUUCUGUUGCUCAUCACAAACCUUCUCUUCCCUACCAUGACCCAACCCAACUCACCAGUGACUCCCACGAUCGCUGAAUGCGGACCACGUAUCCUUCCACUAGCCAUGUGUGCACCAUUUGUCCAAGGUGUAUCCACCGACCCGUCUCAAUCAUGUUGUGAUAACCUGAGGCGUGUGAACGAUCAGCAGCCCCGGUGUUUGUGCCUCUUGCUCAAUAACUCAGCUUUGAACUCCGCUUUUCCCAUCAACACGACACUUGCUAUGCAGCUUCCGCAUAUGUGUAGUGUCCAUUUCGACAUCGUCACUUGUACAGGUGCACCUUUACCAUCGAUAUCGCCUACGCCACAGGUUUCUCUAGGAUCAACUACCAAUUCUACGGUUGCUUCUUCCCCUAUGACAAGGGUCACUCCAAAAUCUGGGUUUAUGGGAUUAGGGUUUAAUCAUAAUUAUGGCAUUAAGUUUAUGGGAUCAUCGCGAUUGAGGAUGUUAGCUAUAGUGACUUGUAUGUCGACCACCAUGUUUUUUUGAACACUUUGUAGUUUUAAUAAGUUUGUGGUUCACUUAAGUUUUAAUGUUUGUAGUUCUAUAACGAUUAUUAUCAAGGUCAUUGUUGGCGUUUCUUUUUA